GGAAAUACAUCGGUACCUCUCACAUUUGCUGCUUGACCACAUAAGCCUGGGUAGUGUAAUUGGAGCAAAUAGCAUCUGGCUAAUUGGUGUUUUGUAGCUGAUUACCACAAGGCAAUCAACUAAUUGAUCUGGGAACUCAAACCGCGAGCAGUUGCCAUAGGUUACACGUGACGCAAUGAACGUGACAGUGACAAAGUGACUUCUUGCAGCUAAAACAAGCUAGCCUAACUAGGUAGCACGGUUGGCUAAGGCAAACAACUUUGGGUGUCUUUCCGUUGAGAAGCAAAGAGCUCGACACAAGUGAGCUUUAAACGGAGCGUGUGCGUGCAGCGCGGGUUGGAGAGUUUCUCAUCUUGUUUUUCAAGGUCUCGUCUGCUCGGAAAUGGCUCUGGUAACGGCGUUAAGAAGACUGGCUCACUUUAGGAUACGAGAAUACUCUCGGAGGACGACGGCAGCAAUUUCGGGUGACUGGCUGACGGGUCAGAGGAGUUUCACCACCGGCACACAGCCCGUGAGGUCGGACAAUAAGGUGACGGUCCACUUCAUCAACAGAGACGGGGAGAAGAUCACAGUGAAAGGGUCUCCUGGAGACUCGCUGCUAGAUGUCGUCAUUAACGAAGACCUCGACUUUGAUGGCUUUGGGGCGUGUGAGGGAACGCUGGCAUGCUCCACAUGCCAUCUGAUCUUUGAUGAGGAAGUCUACAAGAAGCUGGGGCCGGUCACGGAUGAGGAGAUGGACAUGUUGGACUUAGCCUACGGCCUGACUGACACGUCUCGUCUGGGCUGCCAGAUCUGUCUGACGAAGACUCUGGACGGCAUGGUGGCCAAAGUUCCAGAGAGCGUAGCCGACAUCCGACAGAGCAAAGACGAAUCGGCUUAACCGUAGACCCUCUGCUGUGGAACGUGGGUGUAGACAGUGUGGUUGUGCCCAGUCAGAACUGAGGUUACGGCGAGCACACAGGGACAAUGGUAGGUGUAAAUCUAUCAGUACUGCAGUGUCUGGUCAGCUGCCACAGCUGGGGUUUUUUUUUUUUUUGUUUUGUUUUUUUUUGUUGUUGUUGUUGUUUUUUUCUU